AUGAGUGCGUCGACGUUUCCGGACGCUUCCCUUGCCCGCGAUUCUCAGAGCUCCGACUUUGACCUGAUCGUUCGCCAGCAGCCCAACCGGGCGCGCGUGGCGGGUGGGAAGGAGAAAGAGCGCAAGCCAGUAGAUCCACCGCCGAUUGUGCAGAUUCGAGUGAGAGAGGAGGGGACCUAUCUCGCGCAGCAUUACUUGCAGAGCCCUUAUUAUUUUAUGUGCUGCAGCUUGUAUGACGCGUCAGAGGACAAUCCGGUUCCCGUGGCCCCGUCCACCGCUCUGACCGGCACACUGGUUUCGUCUCUCCACAGGUUGAAAGAUGUGGAUAAUACUGAUGGCGGAUUCUUCGUUUGGGGGGACUUGUCAGUAAAGAUCGAGGGAGAUUUUCGGCUCAAGUUCACCCUCUUCGAAAUGCGAAAGGACGUCGUAACCCAUUUGAAGUCAAUCAUCACAGAUAGAUUUACCGUGUACCCGCCGAAAAGUUUUCCGGGCAUGGCAGAGUCGACGUUCUUGUCCAGAUCUUUCGCGGACCAAGGUGUGAAGUUGAGAAUUAGAAAGGAGCCACGAACAUUAAUCAAACGACCUGUCCCCCGGCCAGAGGAGUAUCCGCAGCCGAUUCCGCGCUCGCCGGAUCGUUCUUCGAUCCAAAUGCCAAGCAACGCGUUCAGCGCUUACCCGACGACGAGUCGGGACUACGGGUACUAUGGACAGCAGACACACCCCAGUAAGCGGCCGCGAAUGUCAUCUAUAGAUCUUGGGACCCGGGGAAUGUAUGACACGGAUGGGCGGAUGCGUCAGAUGGAUACGUACCCUCAAACGGCGAUCUACAAUCAACCAGGCGGCUACGCAACUCCUAUGAUGCAAGGCUACCCUGCCGGGCACACGGCGGUUCCAGAUUAUGCGAUGUCUUACGGAAUUCCGUCCUCCACUCAGGUACCCCAGAUGCAAGACCCUGGGGCACACGGUCGAUCCAGCCAGCAGGCCACGAUGCAGUCCUUAGGAAUGGUCAACGCGCCUGGUACUCCUACAGCGGACUCGACGGGAGCAAUGAUGCCACAAAGCUACCCUCGUUCGCAAUACCAGACUGGGUCCACAAUCCUUCCUCCUUUGCAACAACGGAAUCGAAAUUUUGCUCAAGGAACCAACGGUGCAGCGGCACGAGGCUAUUUCGAUCAGUCUUCUCAAGCAGCGACGCCGAUCCUUCCUUCACAACCUAUUGCUACCAAUGAAGUGGACAGGUACGGUUCUACGCCUGGCCAGGCGUCCUUUGAGCAACCUGCUUCAGCGACUGGGACCCCGCGAUAAGUGGUUUCGGAGUGCUUAGGCUACUAUGGCUCGGUUGCUCGUGGUCUUGAUCGAUGGUCGAUUUUGCUCUGGUUGUUCUUUCUCUCUUCUUUGCUUUUACCUCCUUGGAUAGACAGUUGGACGGGUGUUUUGCUUUUACUGGGAAUAAGAAUCGGGCUCUGGGGAUAAAUGGCGCCUCGGGGAUUCAAAAUGGGAUAACCAUACUACAGGUGUUUGAUUGUUAUUUCUAUUCCCCGUUAUUAUGUUAUGGUUACGGCUUUGGAUCGAGUGAUGACGGGAUGAUGGCUGGACGGUUGACUUCGAUGUACAUAUUAACUUGACAGAAUUUGACUUGAGAUGGGUA